CAUGACCAUGCUAGUAAAACCUUCGUGUCUUGGAAGCAAAACCCUAGAUUUAUUGCUUUAACAUCAUCAACUUGCAAGUGAAUAUUUCAUUUUCAUUUCAGUUCCUCUCUCCUUGCCCACAGAAUGCUUUCUCUUUGUUAAGUCUGAGGUCAUGUGGUAAAUAUUUUAAGACUGCAGACUAAGAUGGGGACUGACAAACUAAAAUUGUAAACGCCAAACAAGUUGUCCUAUGAUCACAUGUUUACCACCAUCAAAAAUAUAGGGGGGGAAGACUGCAAAAGAAUUCUCGUUAUCAUAACCCGUCUGUUAUCUUUUUAACCUGCAAUUUCGUUGGUUUUUAUUACAUCAUUUUCUCUUGCAAUACCAUGUUCCACUUAUGGUUUUCUGUAUCUGUUAGUUGAAAAGAUUGGGUUAAAAUUUUUUCUUUUGCCAACCGACUUUGGAGAUUAUAAUGCAAGACCAGGGGAGCCCGUUUGCUUCACCGGCUGCCUCGAGUGACCAUGCUUCAUCUACUCCUACUCAUGCGAAGGGAUACCCGCUGCCAUCUGCAACAUACGAAGAGGUUGCCGCAAAUGAAGCGGUUUUCAUGGAAACGCUUGAGAGGUUACAUAAAUCGAUGGGGACAAAGUUCAUGGUGCCUAUUAUGGGAGGAAAGGCGCUAGACCUGCAUCGGCUUUUUGUGGAAGUUACAUCCAGAGGUGGCCUUGAGAAGGUUAUAAGGGAUAGAAAAUGGAGGGAUGUAAUUGCUGUAUUUAAUUUUCCAAUCACCAUCACAAAUGCAUCAUUUGUCUUGCGAAGAUAUUAUAUCUCUCUUCUUCACCACUAUGAACAAGUUUAUUUCUUUCGCACCCAAGGCUGUCCAGUUGCAAGUGCAGCACAAAAUCCAGCUGCUCUCCUUGGGACUGCACAAGUUAGAAGUACCACACCUAGAAAGGAGAGGAGGAUUGAGAAAGCAAGUCCUGUGCUAUCUCCAAAUCACACUGUAAAGGGAGUUAUUGAUGGGAAGUUUGAGUAUGGAUACUUAGUUACUGUGAGUAUCGGCUCUGAGAAGCUAAGAGGCGUCUUAUAUCAUUCACCCGUUGACAUGGAGUCAGCUCAGUCCUAUCAAAUAAAUGGUGCUUCAACUUCACAUAGUGAUCAACACCAUGGCAGGAAGAGAAAUAGAUCAAGAACAAAAGACCCCACACGUCCAAAACUUAAGAGGAGUGGUUAUAAUUUCUUCUUUGCGGAGCAGUAUGCAAGACUGAAGCCAUCAUAUUCUGCAAAAGAUACUGCGAUCAGUCAAAAGAUUGGCCUUCUGUGGAGCAAGCUUACAGAAGAUGAAAAAGCGGUAUAUCAAGAAAAAGGAUUGCUCGACAAGGAAAGAUACAAAAAUGAAAUGUUCGAAUACAGGAGGUCUGCGGAGCAAAAUGGAGAGGGCAUAAAAAAUGAAAUUGUUGAAUACAGGAGCUCUGCGGAACAAAAUGGGGAAAGCAUAGCAUCUCUGUCAAUCCACUGACGAUAACAAGUGCAAAUGUAUUGGUGGUUCUGGACCUCGACUUCUGAUGACUUUUAACUUCACUUGUAGAGAAUGCUGGACCACUGGAACAGAUAAAAGAUCGAUGUUUAGACGAAACUUUUUUUAUCUUGAUUGCUCCAGUGUCGCUAUGCUUUGUUUUUUUCUACAGAACUAGUUGUUUUUAGAUGGUUCUGAUGAGAACAACUGAAUUUUCUUCUUGGCUAAUGGUUCAAGGCUGAAAUCUGUGGUAGUAAGCUUGCAUUACUUAGGUUCAAAGUUCAAACUUAUAUAGCAUGUACAAACUUCUAUAGCAUGUUUGGGUGAAAACAACUGGAACCUGAAAUCACGUAA